GUGCAGUUGGUGCGCUUUUAUCAAUUAAAAGAAAUUUUAGUAUCAAAAGCUGGAUAUCGGAUCCUUGUUUUGGUAUUGAAUGGACUGGAAUCAGAUGCAAUAAAGGGCUUCCAGUGAGAAUAUUUGAUGUGUAAGUUUACAUAACACAGUUACAUGUGUUCUUAUGGUGCAUCAAUUUUUGAGUACUUGAAAACUAACUAGAGAUUAUGUAAUUGAUUAUCUUGAGUUCUACUGUCAAUUAGCGAUUUGUCCGGGAGGAAUCUGUCUGGAACUGUACCAAAAGGGAUGAGCCAAAUAACUGAAUUGAGAAGCAUUUCUCUUCAGAACAAUAAUUUAUCAGGAACAUUGCCAGACUUGUGCAGCUUAACCAAAUUGGAGAUAAUACGUCUUGAAAACAACUACUUGACAGGAAUCAUCCCAGAUUGUCUGUCACAAUUGAGUAACUUAAAACAACUGUACGUUUCAUAUUUUGCAGCAAUUUCAUGCUAGUUUUAGGGAUGCUAAUUUUAUUUAUUCUAUUUGAACUGUUCACUCUUUUCCACACCCCCAAGAAAUUUAGAAAACAAUAACUUCAGUGGAGUUGUCCCGGAAGGGCUUUUGAAGAAUCCUUUAUUGAUCCUCAGGUAAUUUUGAUAUGAAACAAUAGAAAGAAACUAGACACUUUAUUUUCUCAUACACGUAUAAACUGGACAAAAACUCGCCGAUUUUAAGAAUUUAUAUACUGGUCUGCAGUUAUACCGGGAAUCCCCAUCUGUGUAAGGGUAAAGAUAAGUGCCAGUCAAAGCGAAAUAAAGUCGGGAUUGUUGCUAAAUCAACUAUUGGUGUUGUAGUUCCAGCUUUUGUAGCAAUCAUAUUGUUUAUUAUAUGUCGUGGAAGACGUAACUCCAAUAAACGAAACCAAAUGGUGAAUAUGAACUCCAAGAAACGAAACCAAAUGGUUGGCUCUUUCUAACCAUAAACGUAUAUAUCUUAUAAAUCUCUAUGUUUGGUGAAUUGAAACAUAUAUUGUUUAUUAGGUAAUUGAAGGUGCAGCUGUAAUUGUACCCAACCUCGUGAAGUCUCGCUCAUUUAGUCUAGUGGAGAUAAUGAUAGCUACAGAGAAUAUGAGCCACAAGAUUGGCGAAGGUGGUUUUGGAAGUGUCUACUUCGGUAAAUUGCAGAAUGGUAAAGACGUGGCUGUAAAGCUUCUAUCGUCCUUAUCUAAACAAGGAGCAACCGAGUUCUUGAACGAGAUCGAUCUGCUGUCUCGAUUGAAUCACAGGAACUUGGUGUCCUUGCUUGGCUAUUGCAAUGACUUCAAACAACAAAUGCUUGUUUAUGAGCACAUGCCCUGCGGAUCACUUAAAGACCACCUCCAUGGUUCCUUGGCCAACUCUUCUACACUGGAUUGGAAAACCAGGCUUCGAGUAGCUUUAGAUGCAGCAGAAGGAUUGGAAUAUCUGCAUGUAAGCUGCACACCGAAAAUCGUUCACAGGGACGUGAAGAGCUCAAAUAUCCUGCUGGACUCCAGACUACGGGCAAAAGUAGCAGAUUUCGGCCUUUCAAAAAUGAUUGGUGAUGACAAUACAUCUCAUGUGACCACGACCAUAAAGGGAUCGGUUGGAUACUUAGAUCCAGAGUAUUUUCGUACGAGCAAGUUGACAGAGAAAAGUGACGUAUACAGCUUUGGAGUGGUUUUACUGGAGAUCAUAUGCGGCAGAAAGCCGAUAGACGCAGAACGAUCCGAAGAAGAACUCAGCCUUAUCAAAUGGGUCCUGCUUUAUGUGGCGGCGAAUGAAGAACCCGAGCGUCAAUUGACAGACAUUCUAGAUAAAAGGAUGCACCUAUCCAAAAAUGACUUCAAAUCCUUUAAUGAUCUAUUGGACUUGUCAAUAAAAUGCAUUCAGAGCGAGGCAUCCAAAAGACCAACGAUUAGUGAGAUUGUGACACAUCUAAGAGAGGCUCUGAUUUCAGUAGUAUCGGAUGACACGACUGAAGAAAAUGUGCAGUCUUUCAGCUUUGCAGAAUAUAGUUGCAGCUUAAUCCAUGCUGGUAGGUGACAGGAGAGUCGUAUGGCUAUCAUAUGGAUUGUUUAUGCUAGCCGCAAAACUCCACGCCACCUUCCGUUCGAUGGAGAGUUAU